UAUAUUAAGACAAUUCAAUUUUUUAAUAAUAUUUUUUGAAUAUUAUAUGACAAGAAAUGCACCUUUGCUUCUAGGAUGCUGCUUCAUUUAUCAAUCGAGUCACGGAAGCCUUUUGACUUAAUUUCCAUUUGUUUACUUCAUGAUCAAUUCACUUGUUUAUUUUUCAAGUCUAAACAAUUUCUUAGAGAGAUCCAAAAAAAAAAAAAAUCCUUAGAGGUGUUUUCUUUGGUUGUUACUAGUCUUCUUUGGUAUUGGUUGAUCAACUACUACUGUCUACCGAAUAUUAGGAAAAGGGAGGUAAAUUUUAGGUAUUCAAGCUCAACCACUGGAGCUACGCCUCAAGGACACAUAUAUUAGUUAUGGCCCAAAUUCUUUUGUUUGAGUUAAAACUUAACAGUGUUGAAUGAACACUUGAAAGAUGCCCCUUCUGAUGUUAUUUUCUGGUAUAAGGAAUGCUCUUAGAAAAGAUGAACUAGGUUUGGAAAUAAUGCAGAUUUCAGUCCCUACCAUUAUAGCUUUAGCAGCAGAUCCUAUUGCUUCUCUCAUCGAUACUGCAUUCAUCGGUCACAUAGGUCCUGUGGAACUUGCUGCUGUGGGAGUUUCAAUUGCUAUUUUCAAUCAAGUCUCAAAAAUUGCAAUAAUUCCACUUGUUAGUGUUACAACCUCUUUAGUUGCCGAGGAAGAUGCCGCCGAUAAAUUACAAAUUCAGCCAUCAGUAAAAGAAAUGCUUAUCAAGUCCUCUUCUGUUAAUGAAGAAAUAAAGUUGGAAGUAGAAGAAAAUAUAGAUCAAGCUGAUCAUGAAUGCAGCACAUCAUCAACAAAUAUUGAAAGAGUAGUUAAAUUUGGGCAUGAAAAAAGCUACAUUCCAUCUGCAUCAUCAGCAAUAAUUAUCGGUGGUGUUCUUGGAGUCCUACAAGCUCUCUUUAUAAUUUUUACUGCUAAACCAGUCUUGAAUUACAUGGGGAUUCAUUCUAAUUCUCCGAUGUUAAAACCAGCACAACAAUACUUGAUAUUGAGGUCAUUUGGUUCACCAGCUGUUAUUCUUUCUAUGGCAAUACAAGGAAUUUUUCGCGGAAUCAAAGAUACAAGAACUCCUUUAUAUGCCACAAUUAUGGGAGAUGUAACAAAUAUCAUUUUAGAUCCGUUGCUUAUGUUCACAUUCCGGUUUGGAGUCAGUGGAGCUGCCAUUGCCCACAUUAUCUCCCAGUAUUUGAUUUCCUUAAUGCUAUUGUGGAGUUUAAUGAAUCAAGUUGUUCUCUUGCCUCCAAGUAUCCAAGAUUUCCAAUUUGGAAAGAUUCUAAAAAAUGGGUUUCUGUUAUUGGUUAAAGUUACAGCUGUUACAUUCUGUGUGACCUUGUCAGCAUCACUAGCAGCAAGACAAGGAACAACAACAAUGGCUGCAUUUCAAAUCUGCUUACAAAUUUGGAUGGCAACCUCUUUGCUUGCUGAUGGAUUAGCUGUUGCUGGACAAGCCAUUAUUGCAAGUGCAUCUGCAAGAAGUGAUUACAACAUGGUCAUUGCAUCUGCUUCACGUGUAUUACAGCUUGGCUUAAUACUAGGACUCUUGCUUUCAUUCCUUCUUUUUAGUUUACUUCCAUUUGUUUCUAGAUUAUUUACAAAUGAUACUGAUGUUCUGCAACUCAUCAGUAUUGGCAUUCCAUAUGUUGCAGCCACUCAACCCAUCAAUGCUCUUGCAUUUGUUUUUGAUGGAAUCAACUAUGGAGUUUCAGAUUUCAUAUACUCUGCUUACUCAAUGAUUAUGGUUGCAUCAGUAAGCAUAUUUUGCUUAUAUAUGUUAUCUUCAAGCCUUGGCUUUACUGGUAUAUGGAUUGCUCUGUCCAUUUACAUGACUCUAAGGAUAUUAGCAGGCUUUUGGAGGAUUGGUACCAGAUCAGGGCCUUGGAGCUUUCUGAAGGACAACUAUGCACGUUUCCAAUAGUUCUUACCAUUACAAAGCCAUAUGAAUUUUGGUAUUAUAAGUCCUGUAGUGAGCAUAAUACACACUGUAUAUGGGGGUGAUCUAUUACUCCCUUUGUAGGCAGCGGCAGGGUUGUUCUUUCCAAAGGUUUUGUUUCAAUGGAUUAGUUUUCUCCAUAAGAAUCUAUAUGUCUGUAUCUAUAUUUAUUAAACAACAAAAUACUAAACAACAAAAUAACAAAACAUCAAUAGUAGCCACUUGCUUCGAGUCCAAAGCUCAAGCUUUUUUAUCUGCUGUAAUACAUAAAAA